UAGCCAUUCAUUGCCUAUUUUGGCACCCCCUAAAAUGAAAUUCGUGAUCCCCAGUGAUUGUUUUCACCUCUUUCCCUCUUCCCCCAACUUCCCCCUCCUUCCUGAACCCAUACAGGACGGUGGUGUGCAAGUCACGCAAAUGUUAAAUAAAAAUUCCCAAAUUUAACAAUUUCGCUCCCAACAUAUGUAAACCCUUUUGCUGGAUGUCACGAAUCCCUCCGGCGAAGACCCACGGCUACUCUUGACCACCGAUUGGACGUUUUCCGUUGAUUAGGGUGUAGUAAAUUGAAGGGAAAGGUGGUUUUAUUGAUGAAAAAGUAAAUUAUGAACAAAAAAUCCAGUUGCUGUGCCAUUUGUGAGAAUUCCAAUCGCGCUUCUAUUUGCGCUGUUUGUGUUAAUUACAGAUUAAAUGAGUAUAAUGUGUUGUUGAAAUCACUGAAGAGUCGUCGGGAUUUCUUGUAUUCAAGGUUGAGUGAAGUUCUUGUGGCAAAGGGGAAAGCAGAUGAUCAAUUAAAUUGGAGAGUGCUUCAAAAUGAGAAGCUUGCGAGUUUGAGGGAGAAGCUCCGUCGUAGUAAGGAACAACUCAUUCAAGGGAAGGCUAAGGUUGAGAGGAUGUCCAAUGAUUUGAAUGUCAAAUAUGGGGUGCUUGAAUCAGCUCAUAGUGCGUUGGAAAAGAACAGAGUGGAACAAAUUGAGAAGUUUUUUCCAAAUCUUAUUUGCACUCAGAGUUUAGGGCAUAUGGCAAUUACCUCAGAACUACUUCAUAAGCAAUCAGUCAUUGUAAAACAAAUGUGCAAACUUUUUCCCCAACGCCGGUUGAUUAUAGAAGGAGAAAGAAAAGAUGGCUCUAACGGUCAAUAUGAUCAAAUAUGCAAUGCACGGUUACCAAGAGGACUUGACCCUCACUCUGUUCCAUCAGAAGAGCUUGCUGCCUCCUUGGGAUACAUGGUGCAACUUCUAAAUCUUGUUGUUCAUAACUUGGCUGUUCCUGCACUUCAUAACUCUGGUUUUGCGGGUUCUUGCUCUCGAAUAUGGCAACGAGAUUCAUAUUGGAAUGCUUGUCCUUCUUCUCGAAGCAAUGAAUAUCCCCUUUUCAUACCACGCCAAAAUUAUUGCUCUUCUAGUGGUGAAAAUUCAUGGACAGAUAGAAGCUCAAGUAAUUUCGGUGUUGCCUCAAUGGAAUCAGAGAGAAGAGCUCGUCUAGAUUCUUCUCGAAGUAGUAGCUUCAGUUAUUCCUCUGCAUCUCCACAUUCUGUUGAAACACACAAGGACUUGCAGAAAGGGAUCUCACUUCUGAAGAAAAGUGUGGCAUGUGUAACAGCAUAUGGUUAUAACUUGCUAUGUUUGGAUGUACCUUCUGAAGCAUCUACUUUUGAAGCAUUUGCAAAAUUGCUGGCGACACUAUCCUCUUCCAAGGAAGUUCGUUCUGUUUUUUCCUUAAAAAUGGCUUGUUCAAGGUCAUGCAAGCAGGUUCAAAAAUUGAACAAGUCUGUAUGGAAUGUAAAUUCUACCAUUUCAUCAAGCACAUUGCUUGAGAGUGCACAUGCGCUUCAUCUAACAAAAAACAUAAGUGAUAAUAAUCUUCCAAAUUCUGCUACCAGUUUCCUUUAUGCCACUGAGAUAUCUGAUGCCGGAAGGAAUGAAAGCCUUAUUGAUGGAUGGGAUCUUGUAGAACAUCCCACUUUUCCUCCUCCUCCAUCACAAGCUGAGGAUAUUGAACAUUGGACUCGAGCCAUGUUUAUUGAUGCGACAAGGAAAUAGUCUGGAGAAAUUACAGCCUUCAUCUUUCCUUUUUAUUCAGAGGAUACACUAGCAAGAGGACAGCAGGUGUGAAUCAUUGUAUAAAACCUUCAACUGUGUUUAUAAUGUAAAUAUGCGGUGUCUAAAUUGGUAGGUAUAUAUAAUGCUAAUACAGAUAUUUGGAAUAUUAUUCUUUUCUUGUUUCCUGUAGUAGUCCAUAUGGUUAAUUCCUGAUUUUAAUCCAAGGAUGUGAAGUAUAAAGAUCGGUGUCGGCCCUUGUUUCUCUCUCUAGACGUGAAUUGAAUCAGAAUUUACGCAAUUGCAUUCAAAAUUAUUGUUAUUGAA